GUCAGAGGCUGCAGGCUCUAGCGGAAAGCAAACGCCCAGGGCAGCAGCUUUCUGGUCCAAGAUGCUGCGCCUGUUCUUAUCCCACCUGCUGGGAGUCUGGCUGCUACUGAGCCUACGUGUCAGAGAGAUCCCAGCCCAGCAGCAGGAAGUGUUAAAGGCAUGCGGCCGCGAGUAUGUCCGACUACAAAUCCGGAUCUGCGGCUCAUUGUCCUGGGGAAAGAACAGUCAGCAACACCGGGAACCUCGGCAGGCACCCGCCGCACUCCCAGAAAUCGUGUCCUCCUCCAUCACCAGUGGUGUAGAAGCCUUGAAUGGGAUGUUGGAAUACAUUCCUGAUUUGCCACAAGAGCUGAAGGCAACACUGUCUGAGAGGGAGCCAUCAUUCAGAGAACUACAACCUUCAUUGAAGGAUUCUAAUCUUAACUUGGAAGAAGUGGAGAAAAGUAUUCUUGGUAGACAAAAUGAAGCUGAAGACCAAAGUCUUUCACAAUCAGGAAGAUCAAGGUUAGAUGCACAUUCUCGAAUAAAGAGAUCAGACUAUAUAAGAUACAGUGACAGGUGUUGUAACGUAGGUUGUACCAGGAAAGAGCUUGCUAAUUUAUGCUGAGAUGAAAGUAUUGUGUAUUUCAUCCAGUGUUCACAUGUAUUCCUGACACAUUCACUGAUGGUUCUGUCACCCCACUGAUUAUUAAAAUAUGAGAAAUCAUUA